AUGGCUUCAAUCUUCCCAGACGAAUUCCAAACGCCGCCGGAUGGUGAGGCGUCUGGCCAGUCCUCUCCCCCUCUCACUCCUGGAAUCGACGAAAAUCAGCAAGAUGGUCAGCAGAAGCUCAAAGGCCGCAAGAGGAUCCUCAAGGGUAUACAGCGGAUAGCCUCCAGUCCCUCUCUGGCUAGGCUGGGCCGGGGUCGGUCUGCUUCAGAGGGUUCGCGACGCUUUCGAACUGGGGCAUCCAUGUCCUGCGUCUCUUUGACCUCCAAUUGCUGGGAUGACCCGAGCGUUUAUGGCGAUCUUUCAAACAGGCGAUUCUCACCCGCUGUUUCUAGCGGUUGCUCCGGUGCGGACGAUCACCAUCAGCCGAGCCGGGUUGUUGGAACAGACAAUACAGCUCACAAUCCGACUUCUAUUCCACUUCCGGCAGAUCUACGGCCGUCAUCUCGUGCAGUGAUGCUCGAUUCUACUGCGGAAGAAGAUAUUUUUGAGGAUGCACUGCCAGUAAGGAAGAUGUCCGCAGUGCGUCAGCGUCGGGAUACAUUUGUUCAUCUACCUAUGGAAGUCAGGAUCAAUAUUCUCCAAUAUCUCAGCCCAAAAGAAUUGUUUAGAUGUUCCGUCGUGUCUAAGAGUUGGAACAAGAUGUGCUUCGAUGGUCAACUUUGGGCUUGUCUAGAUACCUCAACCUACUAUCAGGAAAUACCUCGAUAUGCCUUGCUCAAAGUGAUUCUGGCUGCAGGGCCAUUCUUGAGGAAUCUAAGUCUCCGUGGCUGUGCUCAGCUGCUAGAUAUCUGGCGCACAGAAGGUGACCGCGUGACAAACCUGUGUCGAAACUUGGUGCAAUUGAAUAUCGAAGACUGUUUGAUGGACCCAGCUACGACCAACUGCUUCUUUACCCGUAACCCGCGAUUGAGACAUAUUAACAUGUGUGGCGUCUCUACCGCCACUAACUCCGCCAUGGAAGCUAUCGCAGAAAACUGCCCAAUGCUAGAGUCUUUGAAUAUCUCGUGGUGUGCAGGGAUAGACACUAGGGGGCUCUCCAGCGUGGUAAAGUCUUGCACUCAACUUAAGGAUCUACGAGUCACCCGCAUUGUAGGAUGGGACGAUGAGGGUAUUAUGUUAGACUUGUUCAAAUCGAACUCGUUAGAGCGGCUUGUCCUCGCUGACUGCGCUUCCAUGACCGAUGCCAGCCUGAAAGCACUCAUCCAGGGCAUCAACCCGGAAAUCGACAUCCUGACUGGCCGCCCAAUGGUCCCUCCACGAAAACUCAAACAUCUGAACAUUUCCAACUGUCGUCUUCUCACUGAAAAUGGAGUCAAGAUCCUUGCUCACAACGUUCCAGAACUCGAGGGCCUGCAUCUUUCCUUCCUUAGUACUUUGACAGAUGAUUGCAUUGCAUCUAUCAUCAACACAACCCCAAAACUACGGUUUAUCGAAUUGGAAGAACUCGGUGAACUGACAAACUUUGUCAUCACGGAGCUGGCCAGGGCUGCAUGUUCUCAAACCCUUGAACAUUUGAACAUCAGCUUCUGUGAAAAUAUUGGAGAUACUGGAAUCUUGCCCUUACUACGCAAAUGCCCCAGUCUUCGUUCUCUUGACUUGGACAAUACCCGCAUCUCCGACCUCACAUUGAUGGAAAUCUGCUCUCAGAUGCGAAAACGUGGUGUCGGACCUGAACUCUCAAAAAUUGGUUUUCGUCUGGCGGUAUUUGACUGUGGAAAUGUAACUUGGGCUGGGGUCCGGGAAGUGCUUUCUAACAACUGCUCUGUUCCCUACAUGUCCUACCCAUCUUCUGGUGCACCAAAACCAACUCGCUCAUCCCCCUCUCCUCGCUAUUCUGAUGAUGGGGAGGAGGAAGAUAGUGGAGAAGGAAUUGUUGAAGAGGAUGAUGACAGCUCUUCCACCAUCUCCAGCGGCAGUUCUAUCACUACCACGACUUCAGAUUCUGACUCUGGAUCAUCAACCCCUUACCUACCGGCGCUCUCUUCUCCCAUUCCACAGCCAACUCCCCGCCCAAAUCUCUACCCGAAAGAAAUUAUCAGCCUCAAAUGCUACUAUGGAUGGCAAAAGACCGUCGACGAACAUACCAAGAGAGUCCUUCGUGGGAAUCUCGCUUCCGCAAUGCGUCUAGAGAGGAAAUGGGGCGACUUUAUGAUGGCCAAUGAAGAGACGGGCGGCACUACCAGAAGAAGUAGACGCCGAGCAAGAGAUUUAGAAGCUCUAUAUGACAUGGACGAAGACCAGGAGUACGGUUAUGGGCCAGCUGGAUUGGCUCCAUUGGGUGGAAGAAGACGACGAGCCAGAAGUGGCGGUUGUCUCGUCAUGUGA